GCAAAGAACCGAUGCGUGUUUUUUCAUAUGUUAGAGCAUCGAGAAUACGAGUUUUGGUCAGAGGUGAACCUAUUAUAUUAGAAGGUUUAGAAGGAGUAAAUCCGAUAUGUAUAAAAGAAUUAGAGAAGAGAGAAGGUAAAAAAUAAGAAAAAUAAGAGGAAAAAAGAGUAAAAUGGAGGGUAUUUAUAGGUAUUUUAGAGAAGAUAGAGUUUUUAGAAGGUCAAAUUAUGUACGAGUUUAUGGUGAAAAAUGAAGUAUGUUAUGAAUGGUUAGAAACGUUUGAAAUUAGUCGAAAAAUAUGGGUAAUAUUGAGUGUUUUUGACGCAAAAAAAGAAGGAUGGAAGGAGGGAAUUGAAAGGGAAAUAAAAUGGAUCGGAAAGAAAUACAAAUCAGUAAGCGUGAUACGUUUUUUAGUGAAAAAUUUGCCAUUGGAGGAAAAGAUGGAUGGAAUAGAGGUUAUAGGAUUGUCAGAUAAGGGGGAAAUGGAAGAAAAAUCAUGGAGGGAUCUGGUUUAUAAUAUAACGUACAGUUUACUUAAGGAAUUUGAGAUUUUUGCAAGAAAAAUACAGGAAAAGAUGUGGAUUGAGUCUCCUUAUGUUUCAAAAUUUGGAGAAAAAGCUGAAGAAAUGAAUGAAUAUGAAGAAAAAAUGGAAAAGAUAGGAGGUACUUUAUUGAAAGGACGAAAGAUCAAGAUUUUAGGGGAUUUAUAUUUAUUAUCAGGAUGUACAUUGGAUGCAUUAAAAAAGUAUACGGAAUCAGCAAUGUUAGCUAAAGCGUCUAAAGAUUAUAUAUGGCAUGGUUCUGCGUUAGAAGGGAUUGGAGUUUGUUUAGUAGUUUUAUCAUUUCUUCAAAUUGAAUAUCAGAUACCGAUUACUGCUUUGCCCUCUUCACCGCCUCAAUUGGAUAAAAUAGGAUCGACGAAGAUGAUGACAUUUAAAGAAAUAGAUUUAAAUGUUUCAAAGCCUCAUGUUUUAGAUUUUCUUUUGGAUUUGCAUAUGAAUAUUAUUGAUUUGUAUCAGAAAUCGUAUAAUUGUUCGAAUGAAAGGGUUCCGACAUUAUGUUUUUCAGAAAGUGUGCUUCGUUUUGGAAAACUAUUAUCUCUUGUGCAUUUGGCGGGUGGUUGGAAUCACAUUGCGUUAAGAAGUAUUAUUUAUGAUGAAUUUUAUCUUAUUCCGAAAACACGUGUUUCUGGUUAUCCUCCAAAAGCAGAUAUUGCCUCAUGGUCAAUGCGUGCACAUAGCCCAUAUGUAAAUGAAUUGGACGUUGUUGAUAAAUGUAGAAUUUAUGGGGGUCUUGCAAGUAUUUUAGGUAUGGUGGGAUUUCGAAGAGCAAGAGCUAUGUUUUUACGAGAAAUUAUUUCUACUCUUACGCCUGUAUUGAUUAAUUCUAAAGUCGACUGGAUUACAGAUGAUAGUGUACGUUUAAUUGCUCAAAUUGCUUUAACGAACUAUUCUAUAUCUCCGAAACAUUCAAACAUGCAAAAUUCUAGUUUUUUAAUACAUAAUCUUCUUGAUGAUCUUUGUGAUUGUUAUGGCAUUUUAAGAAUGGAUGAAAGAUGUAAAAGUAGGUCUGAAGUGGAGUUACUAGAGAAAUAUGGUUGGCCUUCUUUAAAAAUUACUAUAUUGAAAGAAUGUAUUUCGUUUUGUGAAGCAUUACCUGAUUUUUCUGGAGUGUUAAAUUUUACGACUAAAAUACUUAGUAUUGCAUCCAUUUAUCUUUCUCGAGAUAAUCAAAUUCGUUUUGCAUCGAACAUUCCUCGUAUUAUUUUAGCUGUUAGGAGCCUUGGAUUAGAUGAGCUUGAAGCAGAUUAUUGGGAUCGUGAUAUUGUACAAUCUAUUGAAUUUAUACCUGGUUCUUCUAAAUUUACUCCAAUUCUUUAUUCCGGUUCAGAAUUAGAUAGUGUUGAUAAGGAUAAUAAUUAUCCAAGAGAUCCAUUUAUAUAUAAUCCUUUUAUCAAAAAGAGUAAUAUUCCUGUUAAGCAUCUAUUAGUUGAAGGAGAUGUUGCUGAAUUUAAGAUAGUUUUGCAUAAUCCACUUUCAUUUGAAUUGGAAUGUGUUGGUAUUUCAUUGUUUACUGAGGGUGUUGAAUUUGAAUCGCAAUCAACAUCAGUAGUUAUUGGUCCUCAAAGAAUACAUAUUGUUCGAUUAUUUGGUUGUCCUAAAGAGCCUGGCGAGUUUGUUGUUAAGGGAUGUAGAAUUCAUCUUUCAGGUUGUAAAGAUGAUAUAUUUCUGGUAAAUCGAGGACUUUCUUCUGUAGAACAUGAGAAGUUAUUUUUAAAUGUUUUUUAUGAAGGAAAAAUUAAAUCUAUGGGUCUUAAUGUUUAUUCCGUUAUAAAAUCAUCUAUUAUGUCAUUAAAAAAUGGAGAAAUCCCUCUCAAAAAUACAUUAUCAUCUAUACCUAUGACAAUAGAGGAGAGUUUUGAGGUUUUGCCUGCUCAGCCAAUUUUAAUAGUAACUAGAACGUCUCUUGUAAAUGGAUCUAUCAUGUUAUUAGAAGGAGAGCGGUCUACUUUUACAAUAACUAUAAAAAAUGUUUCUCAUAUUACUAUUAAUUUUCUUCUUCUUUCUUUUACAGAUUCAACAAUUAAUCCUUUGAAAGAUGCUUUGGCUUCUAAAAAUAUUUCAAGAGAAGAAAUAUAUGAAUUGGAAUUGUUUCUUUAUAAGAGACAAGCUUUUGUAUGGAACAAAAAAGUGUCUCAUUUUUCUUUGAAACCAGAUUGCGAAGAAGUUUUGGAAAUUGAGAUUUUUGGAAAAAGGGGUCUUACUGAUGGUAAGAUUCAAAUAGAUUAUGGAAAUGUUGAAAACGAUUCUUCUCAUGGACGGUUUUAUACUCGACGUGUUGUUGUUCCUGUUAUUGUUACAGUAAAUGCUUCUUUAGAGCUUGUAAAUUGUGAUGUCAUUAACAUAGUUAAUGAUAUUAAAGAGAGGGAAAAUAUUCCUGAUAUUUCUGAAGAAAUGGGUAGUUUAUUUCAAUACGCAGGAACACAUGAACACGAAGGAGUAGAAUAUUGUUUAGGGCUUUUGGAUUUUCGAAAUAUUUGGCCUAAACCAUUAUGCGUUUAUCUUAAUGUUCAAAAUGAGGGUGAUGAACUUUUUAAAAUAGAAAAACUUAUUUAUCCAGGAGAAACUAAUAGGCUUAUUUUUCCAUUGAAAAGAAUAUAUAUUUCUAGAGAAGAUUCUCAGAAACCUAUUCCUAUUGUUUCUACCCGUCAAUUUGUUGUUUCUAACACAAAAAAGGAUUCUGAAGUAGAUGAUUAUCAACAAAGAGAAUCAUUUUGGUUGCGUGAAGCACUAUUUAGGAUCAUUGAUGGAACGUGGGUGCAACCGGGAGCUGAUAGGAAAGGUGUUGUUGAAUUGCGUGGCUUACGUAUGACACCGAAAAUGGUUUAUUCUUUGAAAGUGGAAGAUAUUAGUGUUGUUCUUGAAAUAUCUGGAGUUGUUAAGAAAAUUCAAAGACUUACAUGGCUUGUAAAAUUAUAUGAAUUUGUCACUUUUACAUUGAAGAUUAUUAAUAGAAAAGAAUAUCCUAUAAAAACCCUUGUUCGAAUUCAACCCUCCUUACGCUAUCAAAAUCAGACACUUGUAGAUUUGUCUCGAUGUGUUACUUUUAAUGGUAUAAUGCAGACUGUACUUCCAUUGAUUGAAUCUCAACAAUCCCAUGAAGAAAAAUAUACAGCUGUUUUUAUGAAUCGAGGUGAAUAUGAAAUUAUGGCAUCUAUACAAGAGCUUUAUGGUCCUGACAAGGGGCGUAUGCAUGUUUCUAGGAAUCAUCUUAUCGUAAAAUGUGUAGAUGAUAUAGAAUUGUAGGUAUAAUCCAAAAUUGAGAUUAUGUAUACUUGACAUUUACUUG